AUGGUGCGUAAGUUAAAAUUUCACGAGAAGAAAUUGCUAAAAAAGGUUGACUUCAUUUCAUGGGAGCUAGAUAAUAAUAUACAUGAGGCGAAAAUCUUGCGAAAAUAUUAUAUCAAAAAGCGACAGCAUUACUCGGUAUACAAUACAUUAGCAGCUAAUAUUCGAGAAAUUGCACUGAAGUUAAAAGAAUUGCCACUGAAUGAUCCGUUUCGUUUGAAAACAGUUCGAGAAUUUUUGGAAAAACUGUAUGCCGUCGGACUGAUACCCACUGCCGACACACUGGAACGUGCUAGUAAAAUUUCCGCUUCUUCAUUUUGUAGGCGACGAUUACCGGUGGUGAUGAAGCGUCUAGAAAUGGCGGAAACUGUACGGAAUGCCAGCGAUCUUGUGGAACAAGGGCAUGUGCGUGUAGGAAUAGAAUUAGUAACUGAUCCUGCAUUUCUGGUUACUCGGAAUUUGCAGGAUUGUAUUACAUGGACAAAAGACUCAAAAAUCCGGAAGCAUAUUCUCAACUAUAAUAAUGAACGUGAUGAUUUUUUGUUGUAG